AUGACUGAAUAUUUGAAAGAUGGAGAUCAAGUCGACCGACAAUACCUUGAGUAUACUAGAAAUAGUACCACUUUCUGCAACAGUGCCCCGGCCAACAUUAAUGUUGAUGACGAUUCACUGGCAUUGAAAGAUGUACCUUCGUUGUCAGAUAUCAUCGACUGUCAAUGUGCAUGCGAUGGCGAGAUCAAUCUAACUACAUUUACCACCUAUCUCACUUCCAUACACUGUCAAGAAAACCUCGAGUUCAUCAUUGAUGUUAAGAAUUACAAAAAUCAGCUAGGACAAGAGCCACUGCUGGCACUUUCGCUGCCGGUCAUGGAUCUAUGGCACCACAUCUACUCGAAAUAUUUGACUCAGGAUUCAGAAGACGAGAUCAAUUUGCCGGGAUCAUUGACUUUGCAACUACACUAUGCCCAACCACCUUCAUCGGACAUACUUGAAAAAUGUUCCCUCUACAUUACUAAUGAGAUUUUGCAAAAUCUAUAUCACGAAUUUGUCAAGAAAUUGACCAAUAACAAACAGGGUUUGUACCGGCGCAAGAGCGCAUUGGUGCCACCAACUAUUGGCACUUGUGGCUUGCUGCUGCCGCUGCCGCGUAACCAAGCUAGCAGUUGUUGUUCACAUAGCAGCUGGUGUUGUCGCAAGCAGUCGCAAUUGCAAUCGGAACUAUGCAAAACACAACACGAUAUUGCUGCUCAUCAACAAAUGAGUAAGAACAAAAAGCCAAUGGCAGGGUUUAGACCCAUGACUCUAACUCCACCGUUGUCUCCACCUCCAAUUCAGGAAUUACAACAUCAGAAGCCUCACCAGCACCAGCACCAACACCACCACAAUAGUAAUCUCCUUCAUAAAGUUCACAAACAACAACACGGCGACCAUUUCAGAUACUCAGGCUACGACUAUUACUCCAUCCCCCAAUCAGAAGAAGAUAAAUCAGGAUCAAGUUCAUGUCUGUCAAACUCAUGCUUCAAGAACACCAGCGCAGAAGAUGUUUCAACCGAUCAGGAUAGCAUCAACAACGAGAAUGACCGUGUUGAAGCAUUGAAUGAUUUGGUAAUGGUGAACUCCUACAGUAGCAACACGAGUCCGCCAACAACGAGCCGCACCGAUUCCAUGCUGACAAACAAUACCCUGACACUGAUGUCACGAGGUGGCAGUCUUAAGUCUACAUUGAUGGACAACUCAGUGCAAUAUUUCAACAACAAGAUGAAGAAACUCAAGUUUCGAAGAUUCAGUCAAGAAGAUACUACUACGAGCUGA